UUUCUGACAGGUGCUCCCAGACAUAGAGGUGCCAGCCACGGUCCCGGGCCCCAUUAGCGCCAUGGGCAGUGGCUGCCGCAUCGAAUGCAUAUUCUUCAGCGAGUUCCACCCCACGCUGGGACCCAAGAUCACCUAUCAGGUCCCCGAGGACUUCAUCUCCAGGGAGCUGUUUGACACCGUCCAGGUGUACAUCAUCACCAAGCCAGAGCUGCAGAACAAGCUCAUCACUGUCACAGCCAUGGAGAAGAAACUGAUUGGCUGCCCCGUGUGCAUCGAGCACAAGAAGUACAGCCGCAAUGCCCUGCUCUUUAACCUGGGCUUCGUGUGUGAUGCCCAGGCCAAGACCUGUGCCCUUGAGCCCAUCGUCAAAAAGCUGGCAGGCUAUCUGACCACACUGGAGCUAGAGAGCAGCUUCGUGUCCACGGAGGAGAGCAAGCAGAAGUUGGUGCCCAUCAUGACCAUCUUGCUGGAGGAGCUAAAUGCCUCAGGCCGGUGCACUCUGCCUAUCGAUGAGUCCAACACCAUCCACUUGAAGGUGAUUGAGCAGCGGCCUGACCCUCCUGUGGCCCAGGAGUAUGAUGUACCUGUCUUUACCAAGGACAAGGAGGAUUUCUUCAACUCACAGUGGGACCUCACCACACAACAGAUCCUGCCCUACAUUGAUGGUUUCCGCCACGUCCAGAAGAUCUCAGCCGAGGCAGACGUAGAGCUCAACCUGGUGCGCAUUGCCAUCCAGAACCUGCUGUACUAUGGCGUUGUGACACUGGUGUCCAUCCUCCAGGCCCCUGUGCCUCCUGCUACCCUCCAGUACUCCAAUGUAUACUGCCCGACACCCAAGGUCCAGGACCUGGUAGAUGACAAGUCCCUGCAGGAGGCAUGUCUAUCCUACGUGACCAAGCAAGGGCACAAGAGGGCCAGUCUCCGGGAUGUGUUCCAGCUGUACUGCAGCCUGAGCCCUGGCACUACUGUGAGAGAUCUCAUUGGCCGCCACCCCCAACAGCUGCAGCACGUUGAUGAACGGAAGCUGAUCCAGUUUGGGCUUAUGAAGAACCUCAUCCGACGACUACAGAAGUAUCCUGUGCGGGUGUCUCGGGAGGAGCGGAGCCACCCUGCCAGGCUUUACACAGGCUGCCACAGCUACGAUGAGAUCUGCUGCAAGACAGGCAUGAGCUAUCAGGAGCUGGAUGAACGGCUGGAAAAUGACCCCAAUAUCAUCAUCUGCUGGAAGUGAGGCUGGUGAGGGCUGGACCAGGCACACAGCUGUGACUGCUGUCUCCUGCUAAGCCCUGCCUGGUGCGUGAGGGCUAGACCAGCAAACUAGCCCAUACUGCCUUAAGGUUGAUGCACACUUCUGUAAAUAAAGUCAUCCAUUUCAACCUA